AAGCGUGUCUCAAGACGUGUCUCGACCUGUCAAAACUGUCAAAAUAAAGGAGAUGCCUUUCCAUUUUACAACGAAAUAAACCCGAAAUUUUCCAUUUAAACCACAGAGGUCUAUUUGAAAUCUCCAAAGGCGAAUGUUGGCGCGAUGACCUAUGUGAACUAUGUGGGCCUCUGCCUGUUAUUCCUGGAAAUCUGUGUCGGCCAGUAUUCGGAUUUGGACACAAAAAGUCAAAGUCAAAUGUGUCCCGGACUUUAUCCAAAAAUUUUUGACGAUCAUGCCCCCUUAGGGAACAAAACUCAAGCCGUUUACACCGAGAAAUUGGGUGUAAAUAAUAUCAAGGAUUGCGUUGCUAAUUGUUGCAAUGAACCUCUAUGCAAUGUGGCUAUGAUGUUUAAUAACACCUGUUAUAGCGUACAAUGUAUGACUUCAAAAAUGUGUACACCAUUGGAACGACCCGAGUUUAAAAACGAUAAUCCGCCGGUUAUGGUUCUCGUUAAGCCGGUCGAAGAAGAUGAAGAGUGGGCUGAUAUUUUGCAUCAAGUCGAGGAUGUCGGCUCUGAUGCAGAAGAUGGAAAUUAUCCCCUAUUGAGAUCGAGUGGUGGCAGAUGUGUUGGACCAGUGGAUUGUAGAGAAAAUGAAAUUUGUGUGAAAGAAAAUCUUAAAGCAGAUUUUGGAUUGUGCCAAUGCGACCAAGGUUCCAGAAAAAACAUCGCUGGAAUAUGCAGUCGAAUUGAAGAAUUGGAAACUGGAGAAUUUGGAUUGACAUCCGAAUAUGGUCACCAUGUAUUAAAAGACCCAAGUACUUCAUCAUCAAUUAAGCCGCCAAUGAAACAAUUACUCGUUUCGGCAGUUUCAAAAGAAGUCCGUUUGCCCGAAAACGAAGUCACUUUAUCCGCAUUCACAGUUCCUGCCGAGCUCGGAAAUGAGCAUUAUAAUUACGCCUGGAGUCUUUUGAGUCAACCGGAAGGCCACACCGGAACUAUGACCGAUCAAAAUCGCAAUACAGUGAAAUUGAGCAAUUUGUCGGAGGGUUUGUACAAGUUCAAAGUCACUGUCAACAGUCCAACUGCCUAUGGAGAAGCAUACGCGAACGUCAGUGUUUUGCCACCAAAGCGAAUAAAUCAAGUCCCGAUAGCGAUAAUCUCGCCAGCUUCACAAAUUGUGAAGCUGCCAAACACUGGAGCUGUACUUGACGGAUCCUCGAGCAAAGAUGAUGAUCGUGUCAUUUCUUAUCAUUGGGAACUUCAACAAGGUCCCAUCGGCUACCAACCUAAUCUCCUUGAUACACCCACACUUCAGCUCGACAAUCUCAUUCCCGGAAAUUACACUUUCAAACUAACAGUCGAAGAUUCAGACCAUGAAACUAAUUUUACAACGGCUAACAUAACUGUCCUUAAAGUCACUGACUAUCCACCAAGUGCAAACGCAGGUCAAGAUAUAAUUAUUUACUUGCCUCAAAAUACAACGACACUUAAUGGAAAUUUGAGUACUGACGACAGAGGUAUUAAAACUUGGGAAUGGACAAAAAGCCCUUCUGACGAAAAUAAAGCCGUCGACAUGCAAAAUACGAGAAAUUCUUCUGUACGGCUUUCGAAUUUAGAAGAAGGAAUGUACACUUUUGUUUUGAAAGUAACUGACACUUCGGGGCAAUCUUCGACUGCCGAAGUUCAUGUUUUCGUUAAAGCUCCUACUAAUAAACCUCCAAAGGCCAAUGCUGGUGAAGAUAUCACAAUCGCAUUGCCACAGACUCAAACUGUUUUAAACGGCAGUAAAAGUAAAGAUGAUAUCAAAAUCGUUUCUUAUCACUGGGAACAAAUUAGUGGACCAAACACAGCAGCUUUUCAUGCAGUUAACGAGAGUGUUACAAACAUAACAAAACUAACAAAAGGAGAUUAUGAAUUCAAAUUAACUGUUAUUGACGAUAACGGAAAUAAAGAUUCAGAUCAAGUGAAAGUAAAAGUGACACAAACAAAAAAUGCACCUCCGAAGGCAAAUGCUGGAGGGGAUCAAAUUUUUGUGGCUCCUAUAGCAGCGGUGAUAUUAAAUGGAUCGCAAUCGAGUGAUGAUUUGAGAAUUGCAAAGUGGGAGUGGACUCGAGAACCGACGAGCCUUGCGGUUGGAUCUAUUGUGGAAGGAACAGAUAAAUCUCCAGUUUUAAUGCUGACGGAUAUUGUGCCAGGCAGAUACGUUUUUAAAUUGAAAGUAACAGAUGACGAUGGACUCACUAACGAAGAUACAGUUUCUGUUAUAGUGAAACCUGAUCCCCAAUUGUACAAUCUAGUCGAGUUGACCUUAAAUAUUGGGGCUCAUGUGAUAACAGAGUCGCAGAAGAACUCUUUAGUGGUAAAACUGCAAAUGUUGCUGCGCGAUGAAGUAACAAUUGUCGUUCGCAAUUUGAGAUCGGAGCCUCGAACUGGAAAAGUCGUGAUUGUUUUUUACGUCGAGAAGAAGGGCGAAAAUGCGGCAAUGACUGGACCGGAAGUGGUCAAUAAAUUAAAAGAGAAACUGAGACAGGAUUCUGGAAUUCUGCAAUUAUCUCUGGCCAGAGUCGAAACUGCCAAGUGUCAAAAUAAUUGUUCUGGGCAUGGAAUUUGUGAUGAAGAAACGAGAGAGUGUAUGUGCGAAGCAUUUUGGAUGCAGAAUCUAAUUCAAAAGUAUGUCGGGAAUGGCGAAUCAAAUUGCGAUUGGAGUAUUUUAUAUGUGAUAAUAGCUUUACUUUCUUUGGUUCUCUGCUGGGUGGGAUUCCUCUGGAGUAUGAUGUGCAUUUGCCAGAGAAUUUUUUGCGGGAAAAGACGGAGUUCUCGAUCUAAAAAGAAACCGCUUCGUUACUCUCUUCUUCAACCUGAUGCUGCUGAAGACGAUAGUAAUAUAUUUUCACCACAUAAGAUGGUUUUGUCAGAGUCUGACACUGAGUCAGAUGAUGUUUUAUUCGAACAUCGAAAAGGGAAGACAAAUGGCUACGCGAUAAACGGAAAAUCCCGCAACGGAUUUCUCAAAAGUGGAUUCAAAAUAAAAGCAUGAGGUAAUUUUUAACUAGAUUUGUUAUAAUUUAAACUAAUGAUUUUUUUAUUCUUAGUUUAUACUGCAAAUAUCUCACAAUUUUUAAAAGAGCAUUAACAUGAAUUUAGUUAAUUCUCUUUUCAGGGAAAAAUUAAUUUCCGGCACAGAGUUUCUUUGUCAAACUUAAUAAGCUAGUCAGUCACGAGCUGUUAUUUUACUGGUGUAACUUAAAAGAGAUAAGGGGGGAGGCGCCUAAAAAAAACAGAGAAUUUUGACUUACUCUGUAAUUUAUAAUUUGUAAAAUAAUUUAUAGCGAGUAAUUCACUUAAGAAAUGAACAAUCGUCUCCCUCGUGUAUUUUAAUAACGUGCUUUACAAUAUGUAAUUCACACAAUUGUAUAUAGGUACCUACUGCUUUGGCAUUAAAAAAUUUUUUUUUAUAUUUCAAAAACACUUGAUCAUGUUUUCUAGUCUAUAUUCGUAAUAAUUCACUGUGCAAUAUUACUUAAAAAUCAAAUAUUGUGACUAGAGUUACGAUCAAGUUAAUUAUUAAAAAUGAAGAUAAGGGAAAUUA